AUUGGCCCUGAAACGUUAUUAUUAGCAACUCGUGGUGCUGAAUUUAAUGCUAGACUUCGCGAUUAUAGACGUUAUUUAUGGGGCGAAGGAGCACCAUUAGUUACACAGGGUAUCCUUGGAUACAGAAAUCAAGAUAUAAGUGUUCGGGAAAGACGACGGCAUCUACCUCAAGGAGGUGCUAUACAUCGAAUGCAGACAGAUAUUAGUAAAUUAACGCCACUUGCUAAAAAACAAACUGGUGUAACUGAAAAUACGAAAACAGCCGUUAUGGAGUGUGAAGUUGUUGGAAAGGGUAAAUUGGAGAUUAUUUGGUCACAUUUUGAAGCAGUUCUUACUGAGGACCCUAAAUAUAAGAUGUAUUUCGAUGGUAAGUCAUGCCGCUUAACGAUAUGCGAUGUAUCUUAUGCUGAACUGGGUGAUUAUACCUGUACAGCGAUUAACGAAUACGGUUCCGAUAAAACAUGUGCUCGACUUACUUCUGGUGAUGUUCCCGGCAGAGCCGGCCAACCUGUUGUUGAACUUUCUUCAGACACAGAGGUAUUUAUAAUGUGGGAACCACCGAUGAACAUGACGGGUACUGAGCUGUUUAUGUACAGAUUAGAGCUGAGACCCGCAGGUAUUCGCUGCGAAAACGAUCACUUUUCUGAGUGGCGUUUGGUGGCUGAUGAUAUUGAGGAAGAUGCGGCAAUUAUAAAACAUCUAACACCAUUAGGUGUCUAUCAGUUCCGUGUCACAGUAAGAAACGUUUAUGGUUAUGGUAUCCCAUCAUUACCGUCACGGAUUAUCCAGACUCAUCCAAAAGGAGUUCCAAAAUUACAAACCGAUGAAAUCAAAGCACGGGUUCCGCUACGCAUCAUUUCUAAACCGGCUAAACAUCUUUUCCCCCAACAAGCACUUAAGGAAAUCACUGAAGAAGAGGAAGAAGAAGAAGCCGGAACGAUAGAAGGUGCCUUGGAAACACAAAACAGCUUACCGUUAAUUUUGAAUACAUCUGAAGAUCCAGAAGAAAGGUUCAAAAUAGUCGGCGAACUUAUUAAAGGCCGUUUCAGUAAGCUGCUCCUGGCCAUUGAUUCUCGGUCCGGAACUCAAAAAGAAUGUGUCUCGAAGAUCAUUGAGCAUAACACUGAGGCUGUAGAUCCGCUACACGAGUUUACGGCCUUGAAAGAGUGCCAACACGAAAACGUCGUUCAUCUGAUUGCUGCUUAUCAGAAAGAUAACUGUAUUUAUACAUUUAUGGAAAAACUUUACGAGGAUAUCUUUCAACGAUUUAUAUUUUACGAUUAUUAUAACGAAGAACAAGUGGCUUGCUCUGUUGCUCAAAUAGUUUCUGCUCUACAUUGGAUUCAUUAUAAGGGGUUGCUUAGUUCACCACAUUUACGAAUUUAUAAGACAAUUUUUUGCAUUGCUCAUUUCGACAUUCAGCCGUCUAAUAUAAUGUUUGUGAGCCGCCGUUCUUGGCACUUAAAAAUUGUUGAUUUUGGUUGUGCACAAAUUGCUGGUUCAGAAGCCAAAUAUGCAACACCACCAAAUGUUUACUGGGCAGCACCAGAAAUGCAUGAUCCAAAACAACCAGUUGAUAUUCAAAGUGAUGUGUGGGGAUUGGGUAUUAUCACAUUUUGUUUGUUAGGAGGUUUCCACCCAUUUGCCGAUGAAACUGAUACAGAAGAAGAGGUGAAAAACAAUGUAUUAAAAGAUAAAUGUAAUCCAAAUAUGAUUUUCGUUCAAGCGACACAGGAAUCUCUACGCUUUGUUACUUGGGCAUUAAAGAAAAAUCCGUUAAGACGUAUACGAACAGAAGAAGCAUUGCAACACCGUUGGUUAAGCAACGAUAAGAGUUUGAGUCGGCGCCGAGAAACGAUUAGAUAUCCGAGCAGUCGACUUCGCAAAACAGCUGUAUUCACUGCUGAAUAUCCUAAGAACAGUUUAAGGCCUCGGCCGGCUUCAAGAUUUGAGAUACCGACAAUUAUGCCAACAUUGGUUCCAUGA